AUGUCCUUUUUAUCUUCCCAGCUUCUUUGGGCCCUGUGUCCUCCGAAAUAUGGAUGUGACGGAAAACGCCCUGCGUGUUCUCAAUGUUUGAUCACCAAGAGGAGCUGCCCAGGCUAUGAGAGCGUCACUUUUGUGUCGCCAAAAACCGCUGGGCAAGCGCUCAGCCCUUCUAAGCGUUCGGCGGAAAUCUCUAUGCCAAUUGAGACGUCAAUGCUCAAUUCUCGACCUCACACUGAAUGUCUCAUGCUCAAUUUCUCCACUUUCCGCUGGUCUACUGAUGAAGAGUUCGUUGCAUUGGUUAUCGAAUAUUUUAUUCCAGAACAUUAUGGCUUUCAGCAAACUCCCCUUCCCGAUGAGACCUGCUCAGCUAUCUGCAGUCCUUGGCUGGAGGUACUCCCUCUACUUCUGGACCGGAGCCGAAGUACACCUCUUUUGUCUGUCUCGCUUAGAACCUUUGGCUACUCGAUCAUCUGCAAGGGUGAUCAAGGCCCCACACGCUCCCGGUGGGAUAUUUGUCGCACACAGUCAUACGCAAAAGCUGUACAAUAUUUGAAGCAUAGACUGGCUGAAGCUGACGCCGAGGUAGGUUUCUCCCUCUUCGUGUCCAAUGCCCAGGAAACAUCAUUCACUGAGAAUGACAAGUGGUUAAUCCCCACAUCUAGAGAGGGCUGGGUCGCUCACAUCAGAGGUAUCGGCCGAAUGAUGGAGCUCUGCCGGCCAGAGUCAUUUACCAAACCGAUCUCGCAGCAACUCUUUGUCGGCUUUCGUCCACUAAUUGUACGCAUCUAUACGUUAUUCCCAUCCUUCAAUGAUACUGGAGGCGUGCAUCUCGCGCCAAAAUACGUUUUUGUCCUCAUAUGA